UCAACGUUUGUGUCAUUAUUGUAACCCAUGGCAACCAAUCGUUUCUGAAGAGCGACGAGCAAACUAUGGUUUUUAAACAGCUAUCCUAAGAGCAAGGAUGCCUCCUAGGAAAACAAGAAGUGCAAAAAGCAGUGCAGCCAGAAAGGGAACAGGUAAAGGCAAAAAGAUUGAAUUGCCUACUCCAGUGGAAAAGUCUGAUCACCCUGAGGAUAUCUUCCCCAUGGUUCUGACAUCAGCCACCCAGGAGCUCUUUGAUUGCCGUGCUGAUGAGGAUGUCACAGGAGAGAACCCUUACAAGCUGCUCAAAAAAGACAACAUCCUACAGGACAUUAAGAUAAGGGCUGCAGUGUCUGAUUUCAGCCCUGUGAAGAAGAUUGUGGUGGACUACCCAGAGGAUGAGAUCUUGUUGGUUUAUGACAAAGACUUCACUUCUGGUCAGAACUUCUACCUGGUUCUGACACCGCAGACUAAGGACAGUCUCCUGAAGUGUAAUCCUUUGGAUGUUGUGCAGCCCCCAGAGCCUGAGACACCAGACGUGUUUCAGAAUGAAGCCAAUAAAAGUCGAGAACCAAAGCAAUGGAUCUCUCUCGGCAGUGAGAAGGAAAUAGAUGAAGAAUCUGUCAUAGAGACCAGAGGAAAGCUGUUGUACAAAUGCUCCAGAGUGAGGAAGAAGUUUGGUGCACCAGUUUCUUUUUCUGACCGCAACACUACAGAUGCUAAUGAUGGCUACUUGGCGUGUACUUCCUAUCAGCAUAGUAGUUUCAGCAUCAAGCAGAUGCAGAAGGACUGUAUGAUUCAGGCUGUUCCCAGACUGCAGAGCAGCAGUGCUCAGACACAGUGGAAGUAUCAGAAGAAUAUAUCUACCCAGUAUAAGGCAAGAGAGUUAAAUAAUGAAGAAACGGAAAACACCCUCCUGGCUGAGAGUCUGAAGUCGGCGUUGCCCAGGGUUUUGCAUGCCCUUCAACAGGAAGAGAUCAUGAAUGUGUUCUCUGAUGACUGGAAAGCUCUGGGGGCAGGUGCUGAAGCUGUUGGCUGGUCUGAGACGGUUUCUGAAGGUUUAAUGCUUUAUCAGGGCUUCACAGACCAGAAAUACACCAAGGACAAGAAAAUAAGCAGCAUUAACUGGCAUCCCACCAUUUAUGGUGUGAUAGCUGUGGCUUUGACAGAGAAAAAGGAGGAGUGGUUGAACGAGCUCCCUGACGUCAGACAUUCUUUCAUCGUCUUCUAUAGCUUUUCUGACUUCUCUAAUCCCCAGUUGCUGCUGGAGUGCCCAGAUGACAUUUUUGCCUUCGAGUUCUGCCCCUCUGAUCCAAAUAUUAUCGUUGGCGGCUGUAAAAAUGGCCAGGUUGUGUUAUGGGACAUUUCUGCUCACAUCACACACUUACAGGGAUCACAACCUAGUGGUAAAAACAUCUCUGACAUGUUUGACCUUGACGACAACAACAAGAAUACGCCCCCUGUCAUACGCUACUGUGCAGUGUCUUCCAUAGAGAGCAGCCACAAAGCACGAAUUACUGAUGUGAAAUGGCUGCCACCGACAUUUGAGGUGACCAGGAGUGGCAUACCGGUGGAGAACAAGAGUAACAUUUGUGUUCAGAUUGUCACCUGCUCCCCUGACUGCACUGUAUUGUUCUGGGAUGUGCGAGUGAUGAGACUGCUGAGCCAGUCAACAUCAGAGAGAAGGCAGAAUGUGGCUCAGAAGACCCAGCUGACACCCUACAGUGUCCCCGAGACCUUCAAACAUCUGGACACCACGUGGAAACCGUUGUUCAGGGUUUCCCUGCCAAAGAUUGAUGCCAGUGGAGAAUAUGCUCCUUUGAAGUUCAACUUUGAACCCUACACCUGUAAUGGUAAUGCAGGUAUAAAAACAGAAGAUACUGGUGAAGAAGAUGAAAGCUCAGAAUUCAUCCCAGACUACAGUCAGCUCCGAGUGCACUCAGCCAAAACACUCACAGCCCUGGAAGAUGUCAAUACCAAGCUCUAUAUUGGAACAGAGGAUGGGGAGAUUGUUUACACUGACUGGAAACUGUGUAAGGAUGACUCUGGGCAGCUGCACAGUGCCAAGCCCCUGCACUGUGUUAACAUUCAUCACUGGGUGGUGAACACAAUACAACGAUCACCUUUCUUCAAAGACGUUAUUUUGACAACGGGAGGCUGGAACUUUGCCAUCUGGAAGGAGGGAGUCAUGGACGGCCCCAUCAUGGUGUCACCAAGCUCUGAGCUGCUGUGCACUGUAGGAUGCUGGUCCCUGACCCGACCAGCUGUUUUCUUCAUUGGGAAAGAGAAUGGCAGUAUUGAUGUGUGGAACCUGGUGAAACAGACCAGUGAGCCUUCACAGGUCCUCACACACAUCACUACCACCAAGAUUACCUGCAUCUCCCCCUGGAUCUCUUCCCCCAAGCAGCACUUCCUGGCUGUGACUGAUGACCUUGGAAUGGUUCGUGUUUUCAAAAUCCCAAAGAAGCUCUGCAUUCCCUCCAAGAGUGAAAGUCUGAGUGUGAAAAAGUACUUUGAACUGGGAGAAGAGACAUUGAAGAACUUUUUGAAAAGGGAGGAACUGUGGACAAAAGAAAAGAGAGAGGCUGAAGAACCCAAGAAGGAGCCAGACAAGCCAGUGAAAUCCCUCCAGGAGAAUAAAGAAAAGGACUUGAAGGAGUACCGUGAGUACCUGGCACUGGAGGAAAGCAUCCUGCAGGGCAUGGGCCUGAGGCCGGCUACUGCCAUCACACAUGAGACUUAGUAUCACACCCAUUCACAUACACGUGAAAAUUACUUUUUGGAAAAAACAAAGACUUCUCAUGUUUUUGUAUUUGAUUUAAUAACAUUUUUUAAUUUUAUGGCCUUAACCGUUUUUAUAAAGACGCUGUCUGAGAUAUGUGUACGUGAAAAUCCCUUUCACACAGUGUUUUGUUUUUGUUGCUGUUUUAACUAUUCAGUAUGUAUAAUUAACUAUUGUUUUUGAAAUAUGAUCUAUGAACUGUGUAUAUGUACAAUAUGAGAACAGUGAACUGAUCCUGCCAUCAACACUCAGACAGUCCUUGGGUUGGGGAUUCAGGGUCACCAAUGGCAUUUUUCCCCCACCCACCCAUCUGAGAUCUAGUUACUGGGUAAUGUCAUCCAUUAGUGCUUGCUUCAGCAUCACUCCCUCAGGAUACAGUUUGGAAUGAUCUUGGCAGGAAGUAAUUUAUGGCUAUUUAAUUUCACGAUAUUUAAUCUUAUUUGUUGUUAAAUGAUCCUCAAGUAUAUAAAUUAAUGUUGUAUGACUCAUCUCAUCAAGGGAUUUAAAAGUUGCACGCCACAGCCAAAGGAUCCUUAGUACAAAAGCUUUUACACUAAUCAUAAUUGAGGAAUGAUCCUCAAAGGGUAAAAUUACAUCCAAUUUUAGGCAACACACUCAUCAUCAUAGCAUCUGUUUGAAUGAGCUGGAGUGGGUCAGUGGAGGCCGGAUUUCAUUUCAGAAAUUCCAAGUUAGUAGAAAACAUAGUUGCACCGCUGACUGCAUAAUGUGAAAGAGCGCCCUUUCAGUGAUGACCCCAAAGACAAUUAUUCACCUCAGCUUUGUGCUGUGUUUUUGCUUCUUUUCAGCUCAUUAUUUUGACGUUUACAGCCCACAACGCUAGUGUUUUGGUUCAGUCUCACUGCUGUCUUCUACCAUCCUUCCAGCCACAGCAGGCAGCUGUUUUCAGCAGAAGAGCUAUACCUUCCCAGCACUAGACAGACAAUGCUAGUUAGUAGCUGGCGAGUGCAAUGGAGCAUUUAGCAGCUAUAGAGCCAGCAGUUCUCAUAAAUUGGUGGAGACCACAGUUGGCCACAACCACAAACUUCAAAUGAAUGAUAAUUAUUUUCUUUAUUUGGUGUAUGUGUCAAAAAGCUAUUCUUUGCUAACAUCUUUGAUAUUACAUCUUUAGAAGGUGAUGAGAUGUCGUGUGUACAGGUUUUCCUGCCAUUAAUUCUGCUUUAACUUCUAAAUAGUAGUCACGCAUUACCUCUAGAUUUGAAGCAUCCAACCUAACAGGUUGCAGUGACUGUGACUAUUUUCUAAUGUGAAUCCAGUCAUUCUAAUGACAAGAUUCUUAUAAUAUCAUAUUCAGUGAGUAUUUAAAUCAGUAACAUUACCUGCAGGUAUCCAUAUUGUUUUCUGCGGCUAGGUGCUGUCUCAUUUGUUGUUGAGGUUGUUUUGAGGUUGAGGUGAAUGUUAGGUGAGAAGGAAGGAGAGAAUGAAAAGAAGGCAAGAGAUGGAAAACAGUUGAUUCCCUUCAAUAAAAGUGAGCUGGGCUCAACUUCUCUCUGGCCAUAACUCAUUCACAUCAACGGUCUUGUCACAGAGCGGAGGGAGUAGAGGAGGGUGAAGAAUGGGCUGAUGUGGCUGCAUAGAGGCAGGCGUCCAUAUGGCCCCCGAGGCACCAACAAGGCUCGGAUGACAAAAGGGGCCUCUCCUCUUUGGUUGUCCCCCCCUCAACCCUCACAGGGCGUUCUGUUUUCAGUCUCUCCUCUGCAAAGCUUCCCACUUUCUCCCAGGCUGCCUCAGGAAUGUAUCAUCACACUCACUGCUUAGUUAUUAUUGUAAUGGCUAAUGCAAAGAAUGUGCAGUUGAGUAAGCCUGCUGACAAUGUAAACACUCGUGGCAUUUGAACUCCUGCUGCUCAAUGCUCACAUUUAAAGCUGUGGACAACAGACAACAGCACGGCCAUAAACCCAGUUUCCUCCACUGGCGUGAAGGGCGUUUAUGAUACCAGAUUUUCCUCUGUUGAGUUCUUCAUCUAAGUCCAAGAGAUUUAACAAACAAUA